AUGAGAAUGGGGAAAAUUGGAGAACAGGAGAAUGGAGAACAGGAAAACAGUGAAAAAGGGAAAACAGAUGAAUGGGAAAAAAUAGAAGAAUGGGAAAACAGGAGAAGUGGGAGGAUGCCAAGAGGAUGGGAGGAGGACAACAGGAUGGGAGGAGGACAACAGGAAGGGAGGACGACAAGAGGACGGGAGGACGACAAGAGGACGGGAGGACGACAAGAGGACGGGAGGACGACAAGAGGACGGGAGGACGACAAGAGGACGGGAGGACGACAAGAGGACGGGAGGACGACAAGAGGACGGGAGGACGACAAGAGGACGGGAGGACGACAAGAGGACGGAGGGACGACAACAGGACGGGGGGAUGACAAGAGGAUGGGAGGACGACAGGAUGGGAGGACGACAGGAUGGGAGGACGACAGGAUGGGAGGACGACAGGAUGGGAGGACGACAGGAUGGGAGGACAACAGGAUGGGAGGACAACAGGAUGGGAGGACAAGUGAGAUGGGAUCAACACAUUCAAUUUUACUUUUACUUUUCUCAUCUGCACAGAGAACAGGGAAACAGGAGAAUGGGAAAAUCAGAGAAAUUAUGAGGGGAACAUAA